AUGGGUGAAUCGGUAGACACGAACGAUAUGCGCCGCAGAGAAUACGAACUGCUUCUGCGAACGACUUUGAGCAGUGACGAAGCGCUGGAGAUGAGCAUAGCUGCUCUGAAGGACACGCUCAGUCUUCGUGAAGUCUACCACAGGUACAUGGAAGGCACAGAUGGCCAAUCUUCAAAUGACUCAGAUCGCUUGCGGACCGUGGUUGAUGUGUCUGAGCUGGCCGGCGAAAACGUCACAAUUAUCCAGAGCGGGUUCCAGGAACUCGAAGACCCUUGGAGCCUCGCGCAGUUUGCCGAGAGAAAAUACUCAGCCUUUCCCUCUCCAGAGGGUGCUCCUCUGAGGCGUGCUCUAUUCGAGAAAGAGCCCACUGCGGUUGUUCUCGGGCUGCUCACCCGUCGCGAGUUUUCAUUCCCCAUCGACCUUCAAGAUAUUCUGGAGAAGGUCAUACGAAAAGCGUUCAUCAAUGAUCAAUUUGAUAUUCUCACUACGCCUUUGUACAUCCUUGACUGGGCAAGCUACGCGGGUGAGAACGAUCACGAUGAAGAAAGCGAGGACGAUCAAAAAAAGAGAGCCCACGACAGCCAAGAUGCGGAAAGCUCCCAAUUACUGUUGAAGGCAAAGGCGGCCGUGGCGACACUGCGAAGACUAGCGCUGGUCGUGGAAUAUCCAGAGGAUAUUUCCGUCAUUCUCAACCUGGGUUUCCACUCCGCUGCUGGAAUUGCGGCCUGUGCCCUGGAUCGAUUCACAGCUCAAGACCCGGCUGGGCUCCAGGGGAGCCUCUUACAGAUCCAUAAUCAGGCGACAUUCAUUGCGUCAAGAAAUGAACAUCUUAUGGCGCAGAUGCGCGCGGCCCCAGGGGGGCUUCUCUCGGCCGUCGAUAGCCUGCAGAUGGCAGUUUCAGGGGUUGGCCUGGCAGCACAGGGCGAUGGUUGGGCAGGGGCAGCUGCGGAAGAGCAUACUGAGGAGACAGAGAAGGCCCAAUGGACGCCGGCGAUACAAGAAGAGACAAAGCGAACAGAGCUGCAGCCAUUGUAUGCACAGGUCGCUGCUGCAGCCGACGUGCUCGUCGACAUGGACAAUGUUGCCUGCGAAGACUGUUGCUCCCUGCUUAGUCCGUCUGCGUACUUUGUCGACCUGUUGCGCCUGCUCAAGAACUGCUGGAUUGAUCCGGUUAAACUUGCCGCUGGACCCAGCGUCCUUGACCGUCUGCUCGGACGCCGACCAGAUCUGCAGCAUCUGCAGCUCUCCUGUGCCAACACCAAGAUCGAGAUCCCGUAUAUCGACGUCAGCAAUGAGCUAAUGGAGUCCGUGGUCGAAUUUCUCGAAGAAAACUCGAUCAAAAGCUAUGGCACGUACAAUUGUCGCGAUGGCGACACUGCCACUGCCCUGGCUGCGGAGCCCGUGAAUGUGAAGUGGACACUGUACGACAAGUAUAUUGCAAAACUCAUGACACCCAUGACAACACUGCCUUUUCUUCUGCACACCGAGAUCGUUCGCCAUCUUCUGACCGCAGCGGGGACCUCACGCCAUGAGCUUCUCGCUGUCAUUCAUCUACCCGGUCUGUCUGAGCCCCCGAAUGAAACCGCACAUGCCGACUACAUCGAUCAGAUUAUAGCAGCAGAAGUCCUAGGUCUGUCACAGCGGGACUUCCAGGCUAUUACCGGGGAACAAUUACGUGUACCAGGUGACAAAGAUGCACCGAGGGAACUGUCUGCGGCAGAAUGCUGGGGAUACACGUCCACGGAGCAGGCGAUAUUUGUGGAAAGGUUGGCCCUGAUCCAGGACCAGCUACUACCGCGAGCUGGAAUUUCAUUCAUAGAUCUGGUGGGGAUUCUGCAAAUUCCCUGGCUCAAAGGUGCCCUCGUGAUACAAAAUCCUCAGACCCCAUCAGAUUUUACUAAGCUACAAAAACUGCGUCUCUUCGACCCUGAAGGCAACCCAGGUCCUGUUAGUCUCUUCCACAAGCUUGGCACAUUUAUUCGGCUGUUUGUGCGCCUUGGCUGGUCCACAGACGAUCUAGAUCGCGCACUUGCCGUUUGUCAAGCAGGCUACAAUGGGAAUAUUACAGCUAGUAUGCUUAUCCAACUCUCUGCGAUCAAAGAGCUCGCUCGGUUUUGUCAGUGGCCCGCCUGUGAGCUUCUACAUUUUUGGCAGGACUAUAGCGACGCCGAAUUGUGCAGACUUUUGAAUGUUCCGGCAGUUCGUGCCCCGAAUCUCCUCCGUCUCGUGGGCAAAGAGCAAUUAAGUACCCCGGCAAAGACACUUGAAAUUGUCAGACAGUGGAAAGAACUUGGCAACCAAGGAUGGUCGGUGGAUGAACUGCUCGGCCUAUCCAUGACCGUGGACGAGCAUCUUAAUGACCCCAGAAUCGCUGCAUUUGUGUCCAAGCUUGCAUCCAAUAUGCUUCAGCAGGAUACAGCCAGACAAGAUCCACUCAAGCCGGCGCGCAGCCAGCCAGCUCCCAGCUUCUUACCGCAGCUGUUCCUCAUUGAACAAUUCAAGGGCAUUGCCGGUAACGUGGAGCCUCGGAUCUUGGAGCUGCUCUUGGAGACAUUAUCCCCACGAAUAGAGAACAUACGGGUCGAGAUCUACAGAUAUCAAAGCGAGCAGUCUAGUAGAAGCAGAGAUCAUACCGUGCCAACCGCAUUUUUGCGCCUUGUUGGCGAAAUUCACCAAGCACUUUUGCGCGGCUUGCAGCUGGUAUCGCAUGCGAAUCUCGGACCCGAGCUUCUGGAGCGACUUCAUAAGUGCCCUGCCCUUAGACUCAAUCUUUCAGAUUGGUCUCUGGAGACAGUUCACAGGAUCAUGGCCCUGGCCAGUGACUAUAAAUCUGUGGAAAGUGGGACGGACCAGUCCUCACUCGGGCUGAUGUUAUGGGCAAACGAGUCAAAGGCGGACGGGAAAACCGAGGAGCUGUUUAAAAAAGUCGCCAAAUUUACAGACAUCUCUAUCGCACGGGCAGAAAUGCUUCUGCAGCUGAACUAUCCAAAAGCUAGCAAAGAGCAGCUGGUGGAACUACUCGCAGACCCCAGCGGGAAAGAGGCACUGAGACUCAAGCGCCAAGUGGCGUGGAUUUUACGUUAUGGUUUUCACGACAUCAAUCUCUCGCUCCUGUUUGGCAUGGCAUCACCCGUAGACACUUGUUCUGCGCAGGCUCCAAUUGAGGAAGUCCUCUCCUCGCUAGCUGGUCGCCAGUCCUCUCUUCAGGUCAUGCACGACCAGCUGCGAGAACGUCGUCGCGAUGCCUUGAUUCAAUAUCUCCUGCAACAUCCUUUGAUUAUUGCCCAGAACGUUCGUGACGCAGACGGCCUGUUUGAGUACCUGUUGCUGGACGUCCAGAUGGGAGCGGCUAUGCGCACGAACCGCAUGCACCAGGCAAUUGCUACGGUGCAGCUAUUUGUUCAGCGCUGUCUACUUGGUCUCGAGCGAGAUAUCAUGCCGUCAGUCAUACCUGCGGACCGAUGGGGUUGGAUGCAACAGUACAGACUAUGGGAAGCAAACCGCAAGGUCUUCCUAUAUCCCGAGAACUGGGUCGACCCCAGCCUGCGCGACAACAAGACGUCUGCCUUUCAAGACUUUGAACGCGAAAUGAUGCAAAGCGAGCUCAACGAAGCGAAUGUGACGGACCUUGUCAAAAAGUAUAUCUACCAGGCGCACGAGACUGCACAGCUGCACAUCCAAAGCUACCACUGGGACCGCCAGAAAUCGAGCUACACCAUUCAUCUCAUCGGUCGGACUCGUACGUCACCUUUUACGUUCUUCUACCGCCAGUUGGACGGACUGGUAAUGGGCACCAAGGCUAUUCCAACCUGGUCUCCCUGGGAGAAGUUGAAACUAGAUAUUCCAACUUAUAUCACGGACGACAACGGUCAAGCGCUCUCCGAGGCCGGGGCCUACGUUGUCCCUGUCAUGUCUAACCAGCAGUUGCAUCUAUUUAUCGCACACGUCACGUCCAAGGCACGCCCCAUGGACAAUACAUCUGCCACAUCUUCGAUACAAGGUGUUGAGUGUCCCAAGCCAGGAGCAAAACCUCAAAGUUACUGGGAAAUCAAACUUGGCCUCACGGUACAGCGGGGCAAGCAGUGGUCUCCAGUCUCCAUUUCGCACGCCAGCCUCAAUGUUGAUAUACUUGAGGUCGACGAAGGGAACAUGCCCUCUAUCAAGUCGUUCCGGUUCUGGACGCACAAGGAGCUCAUCGCACAGCGAGUCGCAGACGAAGACAGGCCGGGUAAGACGAGACGAGUAGAGAGCACUCGGCUUAGCAUUCAGGUCGAUCGAUGGGUUCAGAAGGGUGACCGGACAAUGUCAGUGCCGGCCGGAAGUUUUCACCUAAGAGGGCAAGAGAUUCUUGCACGCCCGCCUAGCAACACACUAAGUGAUUACCCGGUCACUCUGGCGACUGUAUUUGGCCGAUUCAUCCCAGAGCUCGGGUACCCCAGCGACUUUAAGGUUAAAGAGUGGCGAACCAAAUGGGGCGUCACUUUGGGCCAGGAAGUGGAGGCCGUCGCACUGGCUGAGAUGCCGGCCCCGAGUCAGACCAAGAUGCCUGACACUGUCCUACGGGCAAUAGAAUGGACGACGUCACUCGACAGCUAUAGUCGCUCGACGGCGUUGGUGCUGGAUAUGGCCCAGGAGGAUGCACCGACAGCCCAGACUUGGUUCGCUGUGCCUCAAUCCGUGUCAAAAGACUUGGCGUUAGCCCCUGUGGCCGUCCGGCUUGAUCACGUCUUAUCUCCUGCCCUUGUUGAGGGAGCCACAGUCUUUGAGGAUAUGGCGAGCAUCUACAUGAAGAUGAGAGAUCGCAGCGUCGUGCCGCCUUCGCUGGCCCCGGUCGUCUUCGGCAGCUUCGAGGGGGGCGCUUAUAGAGAGAGCGGGACACCCGGUGCCCUCUAUAAUUGGGAGCUGGGGUUUCACAUGAUUUCUCUUCUUAUGGAGCGGCUCACAGCCGUGCAAAAGUUUGAUCUGGCCCUUCGUGUUGCUCGUCAAGUGUUUGAUCCACGAAUGGGUCGAGAGCAACAACAAAACCAGGUCCUUGGAGGCUGUGACACUACUGUCUGCUGGCGAUUUGCUCCCUUUGCAGAUCCAGAGGUGCGUGAGGCUGGAUCCCUGAGUGCGAUUCUCCGCACUGCACAGGCUAGCAGCGGGAGUGAAGACGCGAUGGCAGUUCCUGUGCUGGAGUGGCGGCGCAACCCGUUCAAUGCCCACGCUGUUGCGCGCAAUCGACCUCUGGUCUAUAUGAAGCGGGUUGCCAUCAAAUACAUCGAAAUUCUCAUUGCCGCUGGAGAUCAUUAUUUUCGGCAGUUCACGGCCGAGAGUAUCCCACUGGCCAUUCAGCGGUACGUCGAGGCUGCCCAUAUAUUUGGUCCAGCCCCAGCAGCCAUUCCGAAGACAGUGAAACCCGUAGUCAAGAGCUAUUCGGAACUCUCGGCAAGUAUCGAUGAUCUUUCCAACGCUCAUAUUGAUCUUGAGAUUCUCUUGCCAUUUCAUACGCCUCCACAUGCACGGGCUUCAGUGCCCACCGCGAUGGCAGACAGCCAGGCCCUUGUGGGCCUCGUGCCAAGCUCCUACUUCUGUGUCGCCAUAAACCCAGAGAUUGUGAAGCUACGCAGCACUAUUGACGACCGGCUUCACAAGCUUCGGCGAUCGCUGGACAUCGACGGCCAGUUUCGCACCCCCUCCUCUGCUGGGCCUAUCAUUGAUCCUCUCCAGGCCGGCCGGCAGAUGCGCGCCCGGUCCGGCAUGAGUGCUGGCUCGCCCCUGCAGGUCGACGGCCCAAUGCCAAACUACCGCUUCAUGAAUUUGCUUCAGAGAGGACUGGAUCUCGCCCAAGAGUUAAAAACAACAGCCGCAACGUAUUUGAGCAUCAAGGAACGACAUGAUGGCGAGGCCCUUGCCGCGCUCAACGCAUCACACGAGUGUACUGUACAGACUCUCAUGCUGAAGAUCAAAGAGUCACAGCUAGAAGAAGCUCGGGCGGCAAUGAUGCAGCUGCAGGAAUCCCGUCGCAGUCCUUUGAUGCGCCUGGAGUAUUUCAGCAAGUUGACCGGUGAUGAUUUCACGGCUCCCUCAGCCACGCAAGAUUUCAUCCCGAUUGAACAGACCUACUUGCCCUUAGUCCAGCUCGGUGCGAAAUCUGGACGGAUUGAGAUCUCCCACCUCAAUGUGGUAGAUUAUACGGAGAUCGCGCUAGCAAUGCUUGCCGGGGAGUCCAAUAAGGCCGCCGCUGCUGCCGAGGCCACCGCCGGCACGUGGGCCCUGGCACCAGGGUUGAGCACACAAGUGGCACCCUGGGGUGUCGGGAUAAACAUUUCAGCCCCAUCCGCAGGAUGGUGGUGGUCAUCCACCGCCAGCUCGGAACGAUCGAAGUCCGUGAUAUCGAGUGAGGAAAGCCAGCAGGCAUCCCGCGUCAAUCGACUUCACACGCAGCUCCAGGACCGCCGCUUGCAGGCAAACCUAGCAGGGUUGGAGCUGCAGGGUAUUCAAAAGCAGAUCCAGACGCACCAGCAUCGCAUCGAGGCUGUGAAACAAGAGAUAAAGCUUCAAGAAGAGCAGAUCCAGCAUGCCAGUAGUGCCAAGGACUUUCUCAUGGGCAAGUGGUCGAAUGAGCAGCUGUACAGCUGGCUGGACAACUCGUUGCGGGACCACCUUUACCAUACGUAUGUCCUCGCUCUGCAGAUGGCUCAGCAGGCAGAGCGCGCACUGCAGUUUGAGAUUGGGCAUCAGGCCAGCAGGAAAGCCAUCAUCCCCGCGGAUGGAGUCUGGGACUCGACACAUGAUGGGCUGCUUGCAGGUGAAGGUCUCUAUCGAGCUCUGAAGCACCUGGAGCGUGAGUAUAUUCAUUACCGGCCGAAAGAGCUCGAAAUUGUGAAGAACAUUUCCCUUCGGCAGGUGGAUCCGCUUGCACUGCUCCAUCUCCGACAGCAGGGUCGUGCGAGUUUCUCAUUUCCCGAGGAAUUGUUUGACCUCGACUACCCAGGCCAUUAUCACCGGCGCAUCCAAAGCGUGGCUGUGACGAUCCCGUGCAUUCUUGGCCCUUACAGCAGCGUCAACUGCACCCUCACCUUAAAAGACCAUCACUACCGCGUCAGUUCUACCGUCAAUGCCCAGGGCAGUGACUAUGCUUCUACAGGCCAGGAUGAUUCUCGCUUCCAUCACGACGAAAUCCCAAUUACUGCCAUUGCUGUCAGUCACGGGCAAAAUGAUGCAGGGGUCGCGACACUGGACUUUCGCGGUGAACGAUAUAUGCCCAUGGAAGGCGCUGGAGCGAUCAGCAGCUGGACUAUUGCGCUGCCAUCUAAGUACCGCUCGUUUGACUACAGCACCAUCUCCGAUGUCGUUCUUCAUAUUCGCUAUACUGCGCGUGACGGUGGGCAGAAAUUGGCGGAUGCGGCGACCGUACAGCUGGCCAAGUAUUUUGAUGCUGCCGCUGCCGUCUCCGCCGCAGCGGGCCUGUACACCUUACUGGACUUACCGAAUGACUUCUCCAACGCGUGGCACUCCCUAAAACGGCCUCUAGGCGCAGCUCGAAUCCUCCCACAGUCCGUUCCCCUCCAGCAUCUAUCCAAUAAGAUACCCUUCUACGCGCGUCACAACGGCGCCACCACCAUCCGCGAGAUUCUUCUUUUCAUCGGGUGGGAGGGUUCUGUCGUCCCGGGGGACUCAUCACGGCUUCAAGUGUCGUUCCACGAUCGGGUCCUAGGUGCCCCUGGUAAAGAGAUUAAUCUCAAACCCCUUCCGGGGCUUACCUGCCUGCACGCGUCAAAGCUCUCUGUCGCCGUGUCGUCGAAUCCGACCCUUACCUUCGAUCUCAGGCGCACGACAACAGACCCAGACACGCAGAAGGAGAUCGAGCUGACCGAGGGCGAGGAGAAGCUUGAGAUGAAACAAGUAGGGGCUAUGAUUGAGCGAAUGGCUCGCGUCUUCGUACUGUUUCGAUAUACGAUGGCUAGUGGUGGGGAAUUAGGGAGAUAG